GGUUGUAAAUUGGUCCGCGAUCCAGUCGCUGAGACACCAGUGCGGUGCGAAAGUAGCGUCGAACAGCGCAAUCGGACCCGCGAAAGGAUGACCCACACUGACUGCUGCCGGACUACCUACUUCGCUGCCGUUCCAUGGCAGAAAGCUUAAUCGAAGCAGAUGAGCAACGGCAAUGACGACGCCACUCCGGAUGGAAUACUUUCUUUCCACAGCCGCGCGCCGCACACUGCGACAGUGAUAGCAUCCAAACGGUGGCAAAUUGUCAUCGCGGCUCAUCGCGCUCAGAAUCAACCGUCACGGUUUAGUAGUGGUUAACCUUGCGCCGAGAUUAGAUCGACGACUGUUUAGGGCCCACCACGAAGAACGCGAGCCCUUGGCGUCCUGACCCACGGGCAAGAAGGUUUCCGGCAGCUGUACGGAUCAAUUAAUAUUCAGGACGUGCGAUCUCAUCGGUAUUGGCAAGCAUGAUCAAUUGACUCGAGUUCAACUUUAGAGCAAACUCAGUGAAAGUGAUUAAGUACAAAUCGGCAAGCUCCUCUUGCACCACGGAGAAAAUCUAUCCGGGCAGAACGUGAAUUUGUGCAAACAGUUGAGUGAUAAUUUGAAGAAGAUGAAACGGUACUUCAGCCCGCAGACUCAGCUUCUGGUCGUGUGUAUUCUAAUCGGUCUAAUAGAUUGUCACAUCACUAUCGAAACCCAACUCCGUCCCGCACCGCGGCAGGACUCUAAUAACCGUAAUCCCUUUAUCGAGUGGCUUGUCAGCUGGAUUGGCGCCACUACGACUACCCAAGCCCCGUCACUAACUCCACCUUCCGAUUGUACCGAUUGCAAAUGUGGUCGUACCAAUCAGGCGACCCGAAUAGUGGGCGGCACGGAGACCCGCGUCAACCAGUACCCAUGGAUGGCGAUGCUUCAGUAUGGAGGAACCUUCUACUGCGGCGGGUCGCUAAUCACCGAUCACCAUGUCGUGACGGCGGCUCACUGUGUUCAUGGGUUCAAUCCCAGCAAAAUAUCGGUAGUGCUGUUGGACCACGAUCGUUCGAGCACGACCGAAGCGGAAACCAUCACCUGCAAGGUCGAACGAGUGAUCAAACACAAUGGGUACAACUCCAACAACUACAACAGUGAUAUUGCAAUACUGAAACUAGACCAGCGGAUCAAAUUUACCGAUAAGAUUCGGCCUGUUUGCCUUCCAUCAGCGAAGAAAUCAUUCACGGGAUAUGAAGGAAUCGUGACUGGAUGGGGAGCCACCAAGGAGAAUGGACAAAUCUCAGUAAAUCUCCAAGAAGUUACCGUACCAAUUAUGUCCAACACGGACUGCAAAAAAACAGGCUAUGGACAGAGUCGAAUAACCGAUAAUAUGCUGUGUGCUGGAUAUCCAGAGGGAAUGAAAGAUUCUUGCCAAGGUGAUAGUGGAGGACCACUACACAUUAUUGAUGCGGACAUGAAAACGGAAAACAUACAUCAGCUCGCAGGGAUUGUAUCAUGGGGAGAGGGAUGCGCCAAGCCAAAUUAUCCCGGAGUCUAUACCAGGGUGAAUCGGUUUCGGACCUGGCUCAUGACCAACACUGCUGAUGCGUGCUACUGCUCGGAAUAAUUGGAAUGGCGAAAAUAAACAGACCGAAUGAACUUUUUUUUCGUUGACGUUACUGCAAUAUCCGAAAUAGUGUUAAGCUUUACAAUUCAUCCUUCAUGUUGCUUCCAAGUAGCUAUCAUUAGGCACCAUUGACUCAUCGCUUCGCAUUCGCCAUUUUGCUUUUUCAUCCCGG